AACAAACGUCAGAAAUAAUUAGAAAUAGAGAUCAUUCUUCCAUCACAAAACACUUGCAACAAAAACGACCUUACUUAGAUACGAACAACAACUAAAUUGCAGUUUCCAACGGAGUAAACACUUGCCAAGAAACGAAGUAAAUGAUGAUCGUAUUGCAAGAGCUAUAAAUAUGAAGAUUUACAUGUUGGCGUUGUUUUGUUUCGUUUGGAUUCAGUACAAUGUUCAGGUGGUUAAUGGUGACAUCACUGUAGAAUUAAAGCUUAUAUCUUAUAUAAAUAAACAAGGACUCAAAAAUGAUAAAGAAUGUUGUGACAGCGGUAAAAACUGUAGUUCAAAUCCAUGCGAUCCAGAAAUUACUGGAUGUUUAUCCGCUAUUAUAAACUCUGCAAAUUGUGACAUUGGCAGAUUUACAACAAAACAAUACAUUGAUCAAAAUUACAUUUCAUUUGGUCAUACAUUGGGAUUAAACAUUAUAAAUCCAAUUAUCUUUAACUAUGAAAAUGAAUGGAAAAAUAGUAUAAAUGUUCAAUUAACAGUAAAAGAUAUUGAUGAAGGAAAUACACAUGAUAUUAUUGACACAUUUCAUGAUGAGAUCAAAUUUGUCAAGGUGUAUUCUACCAAAUCUGAAUCCAUUCCUUUAUUACGAAAUUGGCAAGGAAAAGUUUCAAGUAUCAAGUAUGCAUUGCAAAUAUACUGCUCUAAUAACUACUAUGGUGACACAUGCAGCACAUUUUGUUUUUCUGCAGGUAAUCAGCAGUAUGAAUGCAAUAGGAAUGGAUCCAAAGUUUGUAAAGAUAACUGGUAUGGUGAUAAGUGUGAUAAAUUUUGUAUGGAAAAGGACAGUGACAUAGAUGGUCACUAUAGAUGUGAUAAGAAUGGAGAUAAAAUUUGUUAUACUAAUUGGUACACUUCAAACUGUACAGUUCAUUGCAAGGAAAACAACACAAGUACUUACAAGUGUAGUGUUUUGGGUGACAAAAAGUGCUUACGUUUUUGGUACGGCCCUCAGUGUGAUGUUUAUUGUAACCCUAACUUAUUAGAUAGUGGUUACUACACGUGUGAUGCAAGUACUGGUAAAAAAAUCUGCUUAGCUAAUUGGUUUGGUGUUAAUUGUUCAGUAUUUUGUAGAGAAGAUGUAAAGUCAAAUUAUAUAUGCAAUUCAUAUACUGGUGAAAAGCGAUGCCAGCCAAAUUACUAUGGCAAGGACUGUGAAAAUUAUUGUAAGGAAGAAGUAGGAAGCAAUUACACUUGUAAUGACAAUGGCGGAAAGAAAUGUCAUCAUCAUUUUUAUGGAAAAGAUUGUUCUAUCUAUGUGCCAUCAUUACCAACUUCAGAAGCCAAAUGUGUUGUCUCUAAUUCGUUCUUCUACAAGUCAUUUGAUGGACAUUUUUUUACAUUUUCUGGUGGUUGCACAUACCAGUUAACUGCAGAUUGUAUAGAUAACACUUUUGCUGUACACUUAUUCACAGAACCAAACUGUAUGUCACUGUCUCAAUCAUGUAAACACUCUGUAAAUAUAUACUUUGGGAUCGUAAAUAUUAAACUGGAGCACAAUAAUGUCAAAGUUAACAAUGAUUCCAUAUCUCUUCCUUACGUUUUUAAAAAUAUAUUGUUUGAAAAAUCAGGUUUUAACUAUGUUGUCAUAUCUGGCUGGCCAGGUGUUACUAUAAAGUGGGAUGGCACUUCUGUUUAUAUAGAACUGGCUGCAUCUUAUGCAAAUAAAACCUGUGGCCUUUGUGGAAAUUUUAAUGGAAAUCCGAAAGAUGAUUUUACAAGCUCACAAGGUGAAAUGGCAACAUCCUCAGAAACAUUUGCUAAUAGCUGGAAACGGCUUCGACUUGGAGAAGUUUGUUCGAAAAGUUACUCGCAUUACGGUUACAUUAAUCCUGUUGUUAAUAGAUACAACCAAUUACCUGUUGUUGAUAAAAAUAAAGUAACUCAAAUUUGCAGUGUCUUGUAUAGUUUGAAAUUUCAGCGCUGCAAUGGAAGUGUUGAUCCAUCUACUUUUUACAAUCAGUGUUUAGAAGAUGUUGCUAGUUGUAAUGUACCAUUUGGUGUAAAUUGCUCAUGCCAAGCAUUGACAGAGUAUUCCAGAACUUGUGCAGAAAAAAAUGUUGUUUUGCAAUGGAGGAGUCAGUCAUUAUGUUAUAGGUCCUGUCCAAGAGAUAUGAUAUAUUCCGAAUGUGAUUCAACUUGCCCCAGAACCUGCAAGAUAAAAUAUCAAAAUGUACCAUGCAUAAAUAAAUGCAUUGAUGGUUGUGUUUGUCCAUCUGGAUAUGUAAAAUAUAAUAGUACUUGCAUUCUUGAAAGUGAAUGUCCUUGUACACACAAUGAUAAAAUCUAUCAAAAAGGGGAGACUAUACAAAAGGACUGCAACAAAUGCCUUUGUUUAAGUGGUAGAUGGAACUGUACAACAAAUGUAUGUCCAGGUACUUGUGCAACAUAUGGUGAUCCACACUAUAAAACGUUUGAUGGGAAGUGGUUUGAUUUUAAUGGCAUAUGUAAAUAUGUUCUGGCACAAGAUUGGGAAACUCAUUUAUUCAGAGUAACUACUGAAAAUAUUGCUUGCAGCACAACAAAAGAUGUUUCCUGUGCAAAGUCUGUUACUCUGCAACUAAAUGGGAGCGUUAUUGUGUUAAAUCAAGGAAUGAAAGUUGCUGUUGAAAAGAAAGCUGUUCUACUACCUUAUACAGGCCCUGGCAUACUUAUACGAAAGGUCUCCUCCAUGUUUCUAAAAGUGUCAACAACUAUUGGGUUGGAAAUUCUAUUUGAUGGUUCUUCACGUAUUUAUGUCACGGUUUCUCCUCGCUUUCGAAAUAAGACCCGAGGUUUGUGUGGCACAUUUAAUUUGAACCAAAAGGAUGAUUUUAUGACACCUGAAGGCAUUAUAAAUAAAAAUGAAAUAGCUUUUGGAAACGCGUGGAAAUUUGGUACUAACUGUGAUCCUGUUGUUGAAAAGCGACAUCCUUGUGAAUUGCAAACUCAGAAAGAACCAGUGGCAAGUAAAAAAUGUAGAAAAAUGUUAUUAUCACCCUUUUCUGCUUGUCAUAAUAUUGUUCUUCCUGAUCCGUAUAUUGAGGCAUGUCGAUUUGAUGUUUGUGGAUGUUUGGAUGGUGUGAAAUGUUUAUGCAAUGCUGUUGCUGCUUAUACUAAAGCUUGCGCAGACAAAGGUGUAAAAAUUAACUGGAGAAAUGAAGAAAUCGUAUCAGAAUGUGCUAUUUCAUGUCCAACUGGUCGAACAUAUCAAGAGUGUGGAAACAUAUGCCAUAACAAGUGUGAAGACUUGGUACUUGAGACAAACUGUAAUGAAAAAUGCAUUGCUGGAUGCAACUGCCCUAAUGGAACCUUAGAAAAUGAGCUUGGUUCUUGUGUUCCUAUAUCUCAGUGUUCGUGCAAUCAUCAAGGAAACUCUUAUCCAGCAGGUUAUGUGGUGUAUCAAGAAAAGUGCAAGAAAUGUAUUUGUGCAAAUGGUCAAUUAAAAUGCGAAAACGAUAAGCUUUGUGGGAAAUCAAAAUGUCCUGGUAAUCAAGUAUGGUCAGAUGUGGGGGUAGAAUGUCUGAAAACUUGUGAAACUCUGCACCUUCCAUGCUUAAAUCAGCUUUCAACUGCUGGUUGUCAUUGUUCAAAUGGAACAAUCUGGGACUCAUUAAACAAUAAGUGUGUUGAUGCUCUAAGCUGUCCUUGUCAUUAUAAUGGUAGAGCUUACAAAGAUGGAGAAACAUAUUCUUGGGAUUGUAAUACGUGCACUUGCAAUAAUAACAAGUGGAGUUGCACUGCCAAUAUUUGUCCUGGUACCUGUUCUGUUUAUGGAGAUCCACACUAUACAACUUUUGAUGGAAAGCGUUUUAUGUUUGAAGGUCGUUGUGACUAUCUAAUAUCACAAGACUUUUGCGAUGGACGAAAUGGAACAUUUCGAAUUCAAGCAGAGAAUAUACCCUGUGGAAACUCGGGUUCCACGUGCACAAAGUCCAUCUAUUUUACCUUUGAAGAUACAAUCCUCCAUUUGCAGAAAGAUCAACCAAUGACUGCUCUACCUGCACCAAAUCAUAAUAUAAUGACUGCAAAGUAUGAUGUUAUCAAAACAACAUUUUUUGAUAUCAUACAUACACAGAUUGGUAUAACUGUAUUGUGGGAUCGUGGCACAAGGAUUCUUAUAUCAUUAAAUCCCAAGUAUAAAGGGUCAACAUGUGGACUUUGUGGCAACUUUAACGAUGAUCAAAAUGAUGACUUUACGACACCUGAACUGGAUGUUGUGGUCAAUGCUGCAAGUUUUGGUGACAGUUGGAAAGUCAAUGAUCGUUGUCCUGAUACGAAACCAAGCGUUCAUCCUUGCAGUAUCCACAAGUCACGUGCUCCUUGGUCGCACAAGCAAUGUAAUGUUAUCAAUAGAGAGGUGUUUAAGCCUUGCCACGCAGUUGUCAAUCCACAUCCCUAUUUUGAUGCAUGUUAUCACGACGCUUGUGGUUGUGAUAUGGGUGGUGAUUGUGAAUGUUUAUGUACAGCUGUAUCAGCAUAUGCAGAAGCAUGUAAUGCACAGGGCGUUCACAUUAAGUGGAGAUCACAACAAUUAUGUCCUAUCCAAUGUGAGCAGUGUCAAGAAUAUAAACCUUGUGGCUCCUCAAAUCCCCGCACGUGUAGAAACAUAUGUACUGUACAGUCAGAAUUUCCUGUCAAGUGUGUUGAAGGUUGUGUUUGCUCGAAUGAUACAGUUUUACAUAAUGGUAAAUGUAUUAAACAAGCUGAGUGUCCUUGCUAUCAUGACAACAUGGAACAUAAACCAGGAUCCUUUAUUAUUAUCAACUGUCAAGAAUGUACUUGCAAAGAUGGUUGUCUCCAAUGUACAGGACAGACAUGUACUUCAACUGCUUUACCACCAACUACGACGCCUGGAAGCACAUCAUCUACGUCAUCUGCAACUCAAACUUCAACUCCAACAACAUCAAGUACCACUACUGAGUCAACAACAUUAGGCACCACAGCUGGGUCAACAACAUCACGUCCCACUACUGAGUCAACAAAAUUGGGUACUACUGCUGGGUCAACAACACCUGGUACCACUAUUGAGUCAACAACAACAUCACGUACUACCACUAAAUCAAAAACACCAAGCACCAGUACGGAGUCAACAACAAAAUCCUGGAUCACUACUGAGUCUACUACGACUAGUAGCAGCACAAAGAGUACUCUCAGUGCUACCACUGUAGGUGAAACAAAAACAACAACAGCCACACAUGAAACAUCUACACCAACGCAAACUACUACAAGCAGUUCAACGAAAAGCAGAAGUACCUCUCCUAGUAGUACUUUAUCAACAGAAACCAGCACUGCCUCUAAAACGAAGCCACCCACUACAACUCAAUCAUCCACUUUGUCAACAUCCAGUACACAAAGCAAGACUACCUCAUCUAGCACUGAAACCAUAACUGAUCGACCAAGCACACCUACUACAGGAAGCACCACCCCAUCUAGCACGAGUAAAGCUACUUCGCAAACCACUCCAGAAGUAACAAGUAGCUCCACACGAACAAGCACUUCAGUAACUAAGAAAACAAGCACCAGUCCCAGCACUACUCCAGAAACUACCAGCACAUCAACAUCUCUGACAAGCCGUGAGAGUAGCACAAGUUCCACACAAUCUCCCACUACAACGGAGACUAGUACACGUGUCUUGUCUACCAGCAAACCAACAGUCACGAAAGAGACGACGUUGUCGACAAGGAAAAGCACGACACUUAUUAGAGCUUGUCGGAUUGGAAAUGAAAUUGGAUAUGAAUGCAGAAACUCGCCUAAGUUUUGUAUCGAAAGAGAACGAUUGUGCGAUGGAGUUUAUAACUGUCCCGAAUUUGAAGAUGAAGAAAACUGCCCAACCAAGCCGCCACCACCAACUACAUCACCUUGGAACAUGACCACCAUAUUUCCACCCAAAACCACAGCUUCCACCACACCUAAAGCAUGUGAUGGCUUUCUAUGUAACACCAACUUUUGUAUACGAAAGGGAAUGGUGUGUGAUGGCGAAGCAGAUUGCCCUGGAGAGGAAGAUGAAUUCAACUGCCCAUCAACCACUGCCACAUCAACCACCACAACAACAACCAACCUACCAACAGAAUCUACCACAGGAUCAACAAAACGACCAUCUACAUCGAAAGAAACAACAACAACAACUGUGAAGUCGUCAUCUACAACAUCUUCGUCUACGUCAUCACCGUUAACAUCAUUGCCAUCCACAUCAUCGCCAUCCACGUCUUCUUUUACAACGUCAUCGUCUACGACAUCCUCUACGUCGCCGUCUACAACACAAACGUCUACCACAAAAGCGACGACACCACUUGAAUGUGUGUUAUCACCGUACAAAGUGAUAUGCAAAGAUAAAAGCAAUUGUUUAGACUCUACUCAAAUAUGCGACAACAAAAUAGACUGUAAAGAUGGUAGCGAUGAAGAUAAAUGUCCGACUUUGUGUCCCAACUGUUCAAGGUUGAAUUUUAAAUGUCACAAGACAUGCCAAUGCACGCCAGUGGAAUACGUUUGUGAUGGCAAAAAUGAUUGUACGGAUGAAUCAGAUGAAUUGGGUUGUCCAAAAAUAAGUACGUCAACUUCACCGACCACUUUUCCGCCCACAACUACGCUCACCACACUGCCUCCCACUACACUACCGCCCUGUCCAAACAACAAAAUUUACAAACCUUGUCAAAGAAAUUGUCAGGGUAAGUGCACAUUUUUGUUGGAUAAAUGUAUCGAAUCCAGCAGGUCAUGCAAGCCAGGUUGUGGUUGUCCUCAAGGACUUGUUGGAAAUGGUACGUUUUGUGUGCUUCCGUCAGCUUGUCCGUGCUACGAUCCAGUUUUGAGACAAUAUUUUCGUGCUGAGCAGAAUUGGAAUCGAACAUCAUGCGAAAUCUGUAGCUGUUUUAACGAUGCUGUUACAUGUGCGAAGAAACCUUGUGAGAAAUUAUACUGUGUCCCUCCUAUGACCCUCAAAACGAAACCUGGUGACUGCUGCCCCACUUGUGUCGCUGGCACCUUCCAGCCAACCACACUGGCUACAACGUCCAAACCCACAUGUCUACUCAGUGAGUUUUUAUGUGGUAAUGGGCAAUGUAUACCAAAACACUGGGUUUGUGAUGAUGAGAGAGAUUGUUUUCACGCUGAUGACGAGCGCAACUGCACAACGAAAAAGCCAUAUUGCUUCGCUCCAAUAGGUGUGGCCAAUCCUAGCAUCAUCAAAGCUUCAGCGUUUGCAUCUAGUUCACAUCAGUACACCAUACGGGGACCUGUGUUCCAGGCAUCUAAUGCGAGACUGAAUCACAGAGAAAAACUGAACGUGACUGCAGGAGCGUGGUGCGCGAAUAUAUAUGUUUCCGGAAUACAUUGGAUAAGUGUCGACCUCGGACAAAUCUACACUGUAAAUAAAAUUGCUGUUCAAAGUCGAGACAGUGCAAUUGCGUUCAUCCGAAAUUUUAAACUCAAGUAUAGCAUCAACCAGUACGAUUUUCAAUAUUAUAAAUUGCACGGAAAUGUUAAGAUUUUCUCUGGUAACAGAAGAGUCAACCAGGUUGUUUACCGAAAAUUCGAACACGCCAUCCAAGCACGUGUCAUACGACUUGAAGUUGUCAAAUAUUACGGCAGACCUUGUUUACGAUUCGAGUUAUACGGUUGUAUUAACACUAGUUUGACCACCACCCCUCCACCUACAACAACCCUUAGCACGUUUCGGCCGACUACAGUUUGCAGUGAAUUUGAAUGCCAAAACGGGGAAUGUAUAGCGAAUCGAUUGGUAUGUAAUAACGUGGCGAACUGUAAAGAUGGUUCUGAUGAGUUCAACUGUAACAGAACUUGUGGUCCAAACGAGUUUACAUGCGAAUCCGGUCAGUGUACAUUGUCUGUCAAUGUUUGUGACGGCGAUCAUGAUUGUAAGGAUGGAAGUGACGAAUGGUAUUGUCCGAAUCGAACAUGUCAACCGUCGCAAUUCAAAUGUCCAAGUGGAAAGUGUAUUUUUAGAACCUAUGUUUGCGAUGGUCAGGACGAUUGUCCAUCUGGAGCGGACGAGAAAAAUUGUACAGACACAACAACAACUGUGCUACCAUCUACUACAACAUCUACCACCGUAGUGACUACGACCACUCAAUGUAAUGGCUUUAUAUGCCCCAGCUCAAAAAAUUGCAUUGAUAAGAGUUGGAUAUGUGAUAAAGUGACGGACUGUAUGAACCAAGAAGAUGAGAAAUGUUGUAGCGAGGAGCUUUUCUUAUGUCCGAAGUCUCUUGGUUCUGUGUUAGGGAAAUGUAUCAAAAGAACUUACGUUUGUGAUAAUUAUCUGGAUUGUGAAGACGGAUAUGACGAGAAAAAUUGUAGUAUUACCACAACGCCGCAGCCCACGACCACAAUAAAAACACAGAUAGUAACGGAGAGCGGCCCUACAACAGUGACAGGUGGUGUUAAACGUUCUACACAAACGACUAAAGCUACAACUUUGUGUCCACGCAACUCCACUUGUUUGUGCAUCAAUACAUGCAAUAGUCUCGCAAAAGACCCGCGUGGUUGUCAUAGAUUACAAUGCAUUGACGCUUGCUCCUGUCCGAAAUAUUUUAAAUACAGUAAAAGAACUGGUUAUUGCCACUCAGACCCGAAGUGUCCGUGUGUGCGAAAUGGAAAGGUUUUUGUGACUGGAUCCGUCGUUGACCAGGCUAACUGCACCAAAUGCGUGUGCACACCUAGUGGCAUACAAUGCAGCAAAUAUUGCAAUAUCUCUUGUCCCGUGGGUCACACGUUAGAAUAUCCUGUUAAUCAAUGUUGCAAGUGUGUCAAGGAGUUAGUUUGUCGAGCCGAUCAAGUGAAAACCAGCUGCGCAUGCCCAGUAACGUGCGAUGAUAAGGUGAAUACAAAAUGUACAUCGCAGAAUUGUAAAGAGGGUUGCGUGUGUCCGAAGGGAAAGUAUGAUAAUGGAACUCACUGUAUCGACGUCACUGGCUGUUAUUGCAAAGAAAAUAAUGGACGAGUGCGAAAGCCUAACUCAUAUUGGAACCGUGGCGAGUGCGAAGAAUGCAAGUGUUCGUCAGGAACGAUCAGCUGUGGCCUGUUAUGUAAAUACACAACUUGUCCGAUUAACUUCGAACUAAUCAAGCCGAAAAAUGGAUGUUGCAAAUGUGUCGCAAUUAAACAAACAACGACGAUACCAUUUACCACUGCGGGAACCACACCGUUUACCACAGGAAGCACUACUACAACUCAGAUUGUCACAAAUGGGACGAUUGCUCCAUUAAAGCAAUGUACGCUGCUUGAACGAAGUAAGCAUUAUACUGACAGAAAGACGAAUUGCAAAGCUGAGUAUCCGCUGAUAAUUAGUAUGUGUAUGGGCUCAUGUAACUCAACGGUAGCCAGUGACUUUACGUAUGGAUACAGCAUUUCUCGAUGCUCGUGUUGUAGACCCAGUGGUAUUUAUAAUGUCACUGUUUCGUUAAAAUGUGCAACAGGAAUGAGAAGGCGUCUGACGUACGAGAGGUUUAAUGCAUGUUAUUGCCAGCCGUGUGAUAGAUCACCUUUCGUAGACGUUCCUUUACUAACGAUCUCACCUUAAAACUUUCUCCUCGAGGUCUGCGCUAUUUAAUGUAAAACUUCCAACAUGAUUCGUAUUACAUGGGUAAUUUAUAGUAUUUAUUAUGUCUAUUCGUGUUCUGUGGCUGCGUUUGAUUGUGUUGUGCUUAGUUGAAAAUGUGAACACUUAUAUCAAAAUAUAACAACUUUCGAAUGAAACUAAUUUAGUGAAGAAUUCGAUUAUGCACGGGUGUCUUUUAUAAACAGACUAUAAAUCGAAGAUUUUGGCCAAUAUUACCAAUUUAUAUCUCAUUUUAUUUAAAUUUCAAAAUAAUUCUACAAAAUUUUAAAAUGGCGCGAUUUUUCUAAAUUUAAAAUAUCUUAUAUUUUGUUUAGAAGUUAUUUGUAAAAUAUUAUCAACUAUGUAUUUUGUAAUCCAAAUGAUUAUGACGAUUUUCUGUGUGUAAAUACUGACUAUUUUUUCUUUGGAUACAUUAUUUUUCUAUUUUAUCAUUUAUAGUUGUAAUUUUUUUUAAACAUUAAGGAUUCAUUUUUUCUAUUCUUUACUUUUGUGCGAAAACAUUUUUGAGAAAAACUCAUAAUGUAUAUGUAAUAAAAUUUUAAUAUCAAUUCUUAAUAUACUUAUAUUCUUCUCUUCUU